AUGCUGCUACUGGUUCGACUGUUUUUGCCAGUGCUAGCCCUAGCCUGGCAAACCCUGGUCGCCGUUAUGCAAGGCGACGUGCGGUGCGUGUUUGUGGCAACAGUUGCAUCACAGUCUUUCUUAACUUCAAAUCGCCAUGGCAUGAAAUACAGUAGAAAGCAAGAGCAAGAUCGGGAUAUAUGCCUGACAGAAGCCUUGGUGCCUGCCUUUCGUGAUGCAGUGCGUGACACACCAUUCGAAACAUUGUCACCUGCCGACUGCCAUAUUCUGGGAGCAGUGGCGUUGCGUCCUCGUGAGCGAGUAGUUUUCCGAGAUGCAACAUUGAUAGGACCCGAGGCCGAGCAUCAGCUGUCACAUUGGACGGCCCUUGCUGGCCGGCCUCUAGAUGGUUUCGCAUUGUUGUUCGAUGUUUCAGAAAGUAUGCUGCUACAGCAGCCGCAAGAGUGGUUCACCAUAGCUGGCAGACGUGGUGGCUGUUUUUUCACAGAGUUGGAAAGUGGGCAGCAAGAGCGGUUGCGCUCAGUGUGGCCUGAGGAGUGUCAUCCUGUAUUCUCGUAUCCUUUUACCCAAGUUCUACGACUUCCAUAUCCGUAUGCCAUGCUCAUUUUGGCAAAGCAAUGGUCUGUAGUUGUUGUCCCGGAUCUGCCGGUGGCUUGGAAUCAUGAUUCCUACGGUAUGACAAAAGGUCGCAAAUUUGUUUCUGGUCUUGUUGGUGGCCAGCGAAAACGGAUUGAGCAGUGGCCGGCAUUGCGAGUCUUCGGUAAGAGACCCGCUCUUGAAGAAGCGGUGUCUGCCCAAGCUGCAGGAGCUGCGAAGCAAAUUGAUUGCAUCCACGAUCCAGUGAAGCUCUGGGGGUUGGCAGAUUGUGUUGCUGCUUUGGGGCAGGGUGCAGAUGAUUUUGUCGACCCUACAGUCUGGAAAGAUUUUGUGGAAGGCAUGCGUUAUCAACAUGCUGAGAGUUUGCUGCUGGCGAGUAAGAGGCAUGCGUAUGUGGCCGUCGCGAAUCAUGGAUUCGCAUUCAACAUCGGUUUCUUAGUUGAGUCCAUGCUGUGUGCUAUGACUUUAAACAGCGAUGGUGAAUUGGCGCAUGCUAUGAAACUAGCCGCUUGCUUACUUUUGCCGGAGAAGCUUGCUGCGGCAUGGAUUGACAGACUGACAGCAGAUGACAGGCUAUACUUGCCGUCGAAAGCAAUCAUUUCGCAGAGACGUGCUGCUUUGGACAUGGGCUUUGCACUGUUGCAACAGGCUAAGGUCCAGGCGAGCUUGUUGUCUGAAAGCAUCUCGCCCGGCAUCCGCUUGACCAUCCAGCAGAUGCGACGAAAGAUCGUUCAGCUCAUCCCACCUCCUACGACGCUCGGUGGCAGGUCGGCCAAUGCAGGCCAUCGCCUGUCUGCUUUUUUGCAUUCUCUGCAUCUGAUUGCUGGAGACUUUACAAUCCUGCGGCAAUUGCUGAAGAGUGUUGUGAGUAUCACGACAGACCUUGGCGUGGAGAGUUUGCUUACGAGACUGGAGCCUUUUGAGCUGUCUGCCAUGCUACCGUUUUUCGAGCCACCCAGGGCAGAUAAGGCUGAGUCUUGCCAGCCACAGGCGAGUGAUUGUCAGGGCGGCCUCUUGCACAUAAUCCAUAAUGCAACAAAAGAUUUGGGUUCCUGCAUGGAGUGCUACGAUGAGCAAGUUUCGAAGAUGUCAGUCCUGGCGAAAUUUUUGCGAGAGAGGCAUUCCAAGGAGCGGCUGCUGGCCAAGUGCUUUAGUCAGGGUCUUCCCGGCGAGGCCGUCUUCAAGCAAGCUGUGUCAAAGUUCAGGUCUCAAUGCUAUCGUGGUCGCUGGGGCACGGUUGCUUCAUGCGCUUUAGAUCUGCAGGAAGUGUUGCCUGCCGUGAGGUGGGGUUGGAGCUUGCCAAAGUAUCUGGAAGGAGGUGCCGUCGCCGGUCAAGGCGAAGCAGAAGGUGCAUCCAUUGCAGAGGUCGAUGCACUCGUGCGAUGCCCCUUCUUUGAAGCAUACCUGUCCAUGCUUGUGCUCUUGUCAGAAGUGACCCUGCAUUUGAUUGCAUGGUCAGAAGGAUGCCCGUGUCACUGGCAUCUUCUCACAGGUGGUGGUGCAGCUUCAAUGGAUGCUUCGACUAGGUGUCUCCUGGAAUCAUGCCCGAUGCGGGGCCGUCGUGCCCCGGAGUUGGCGUUGAAUGACUUCAUGCAAGAGCUUUCUGCUUUGUCGUCGCAUGGGGCUACGUCAUUAGUUCAAGGCUUCCCCCCGGAUCUUCCAGUAGAGGAGCGAACCAAGAUUGUGCAAGACUUUGAGUUGGGUCGGUCGUUUUUGACGGCUGUGCUUACCUUGAAAACCUCUCAUUUCCGAAGUUUUCCAUGGUGUGCUGCAGGCCUUGCUCACCAUGAUCAGGAGCGUGCUCGUGAGGUCUGGAAUCGCAUCCGGUGUCUGUCGGAUGAGGGGCCUGAGGCCGUCCGGCUUCGCAAGCAGUUGCCUCGCUUGUUUUCGCGAGAUGUCUUGCAGCAGGGUGACCAAUGGUGUUGCGGUGCAGAUUUGAGUUCGUGUCCAUUGUUUGCAGCUGAGAUCGCAGGCUUGGCAUUAAUUCCCACUGCAGAGCGACGUGUGGAAGCCCAGCAUGCCCGCACACAGAAGGGCUCCAAGAAGAGCCCAUGCCAUUCCCCAGCAUACAUGUCCUUGCAGAUCCGAGCCAAAGACUUGCGAGAUGCAAUGUGCGGAAACCCCAAGGAUUUCGUUGCGCAGCUUGCGCCGUGUGUGAAUGAGUGCCGAAGUUACAAAAAGGCGGCCAAAACCAUGAGGCUGGGGCUGCAUCCAGCGUUUGUGGAAUCUUCUAGGCCCCGUGACAGGCGGGUUCGAGAUUUGUUGUAUCGUGCCGACAUGUUGAGUCAGCAUCAGACCAUGCCAGAAGUGUUUGUGCGUGACCCAGCCACUAAAUCGGCCCGGCGGCCAGCGCCCCCAACGGCAGAGGAGCAUGCAGUUGAGGCCACAGCGCUGGGGCCGAUUCUGCAUCGACUUGCUUUGGAACAUGUGCUUGAUCGCUUGCCUGUUGUUAGGAACUCGGGAGAACCUGUGGUGUUUGCUGUGGCCUAUGAGUCUGGGGCUUUCGCCCUGCUUCGUGAGUUCUUGCUUCCCUCGCAGGAGCAGCAGCCGAUGCCGAUGUUGACGUACUCAUCAUCUGAGGUGGUUGCAUCCGAUGAAAUAGUUGAGGCAUCCGGCCCUGGCCCUCGCAGAGAAAUAGAUGUUCUCUUUCAGAAAAUCAGCCAGGCAGAAGCAACACAUCAUCAGAUGACAGGCGUCUUUUUCAAGUUGUUGCCAUCCAUGUCGAAGAUGAAACGCUUCCAAGCUGACGGUGAGCUGCGACUGAGCAGCACGGACCUCCCCAUCGCGUUGCUUCGGGCGGCUUCCUUCAGCCAGGAGCGAAGAGAGCUGCUCGUUGAUUCGGAGUUGCUUAACAUGCGGUCUGCAGUCCGAGGCCUUGCUGUGGACGACCUUCCUUGUGUGCUUUCAUUUAGCAGCUUGUCCUUGUCGCAACUGAAAUCCUUGAGAGUGUUGAAAGUUGACCCCAGCAUUGUAUAUUGUUUGCGGUCUUGCCAAGACUACUCGCCUCCCCUGUCAGAUUCGCGGGCCUUGCGAGUCGUGCUUGAGAAGAUUUUCUUGAAAGGCAAGGCAGGCGUGGCAGACACAUCAUCCUUCACGGCUGAGCAACGAUCACUUCUGUUGCCUUUGCAGCAAAACGGUCUGCUGACUGAGGAUCCACCAUUCAAGCUCACAGACAAAGGUUUGCGACAUGUUUGUUUGGCCAAUGCCGUGACCCACCCACGUCUUCUGCUUGCGAAGUUGCCUGUUCCACCUGUGGAGCAGUCGAAGUGGCAGCUGCUGCAAACACUGUUGGACGACGGCUGGGAAGCACGUGUUUGCCGUGCAAGCCAGUGCCGAUCAGCUGUGCCCUUUGAUCACAGGGUUUUGCCUGCUAGCAAGAUUUUGUUCCUUGUGCAGCAAAAGUCCGGUGUCGUGGUUGAUCGCCUGUACCUGCUCGCUUUGACAUUGGCUGUGCAGCAUGACUUGCAGCCAGUUCGGCACGGUCAAUCAGCAGAUGUGUACAGAAGGCUCCUCAGCGGUGUUCCUGACCUUGCGUUGCCAGAGCCACGGGCGUCACGUGCCAGAGUGCGUGCCUUCCGUGCCAUUGCAGAAGGCGAUGAAUGGUUAGAUCAUGUCCCUGUGCGGCCGCCCGCACGCAAAAGGAGAAGAUUGAAACAGCAACAACGCCCCGAGCCGCUUCCAGAGGGCGGUGCUCACCCGGCAGCCAUUGAGCGUGACGAUGGUGGUGCCAGUGCUGUCUGUGAUGCAUCUCCUGUUGCUGCUGUAGAAGAUGCCCAGGAUGCCCAGGAUGGCCCCGGCGAUUCCGAUGAUGCUGGUGAUGUCGAUGCAUUGCUUCGCAUGAUAGAUGAGAUCGACGAAGAUGAAGCAGCAGCUGAAGUUGAAAUUGAGGCAGCUGAGGCAGCUGCAGACUCUGCAGACGACGGCGGAGGAGUGGGCGACAUCCUGCCUUCAAUGCCCGAGCCGGCACCGGCGGAGCCUAGCUACAGUGGCAAUUCCAGCAGCAGUGGGAGCACCUCAGAUUCCGAUUCCAGCAGUGGCACGUCUGAUAGCAGCUCAGGUGAUUCAAGUGGCAGUGGCUCAGGCAGCAUCUCCACCGGCAGUGGAGCCACGGACGGCGCACCGGCUCCCAAAGCAAAGGCAAAGGCGAAAGCAAAAUCCAAGGCUAAAGGCAAGGCCAAGGCAAAAGCUCGUGCCGGCGGUGGCGGUGCACUCGGACCCCUUACCUUUUUCUGGAGAGGCUGUAAGUUUACUCCCAUCAAGGGCAGUGAUGGGAGCACAACAGGAUACGAGGCCACCUGCAAGCAUGCAGCACAUGAGCAGUGCCGUCGGACACUCCUGUUCUCUGCUCAUGGCGGUGAAGAUAAUGCGUUGCUCAAGUUGAAGUGGUGGUGCCUUCAAGCAAGGCACUAUGCGAACAGGCAAGAGCAUGUUCAUCGGUGCCCGCAUAGUAUUCCUGGUGUGGCACCCGCGGCAGCUCAGCUGGAUGCACAAGGCUUCGGCUUCGAUUGA